UAGGGAUGGUUCUGGAUUAAAAUACAAUACUUGCACUUUAGUCAACUAUCGCUAGGUGUCAUUUGUCAGGGGUCACUCAACCCUGAACAGCAUCAUGGCGUCUGUUGGCGGGAUAAUUGCAACCGUUCUCUCGGUGCUUGUGGGUCUUGUUUUCGCCUUUUCCGGCUCCGUCAAGCUUUUCCCGGCAGUGAAUCCAGAAUUUCAUCAGGAAAUGGUCAGCAAAUUUGCUACAUAUUCUCCAAUCUUCCCGCUGGCCGACAUCACAGGAUUCCGCCCUCCUCCCGUGCUCUACCGCCAGGUUGUUGGGAGCCUGGAGCUCAUUUCUGGCCCCGGAAUCAUCCUCUUUCCCUCCGAGCUGAAAACCGUCUGCAACGGAAUCCUGUUUGUCAUCAUGUGUGGAGCAACCUACACUCACUUUGUCCUGGGAGAGCCCUUUGUUGUGCCGCUGGUGCUUGGAGCGAUCCUGGGGUGCAUUUACUUCCUCAGGCGCCAGGGGGAGCUUCCCAAGGAGAAGGCCCAGUAAAUCAACCAAAGUAGUCUAAGGAAAGCACUUCGGCAGAACUUAUACAUACUGCCCCUGUACCAAACCCGUAAUGUGUUGUGCAUAGCACUUUGGCAGAACAUUGGUUUAAGAUUGUAUGUUGUGACAGAAAAGAUAUCAAUGGGCAAAAUUAUGAUUCCAUGUGGACCAACUAUCCAAGGAAAACCAUGAAAAAUCUGGGUUUUGUGCAGGCACAAUGCGUCUGCAGGCAUGCUCCAAUUUGAGUCCAAAGGACUCAACCACAUCUGUCAGACUGUGUCAAGUACAAUGCAUCUGUGGGAUUCCGACUGCCAAGCUAGCCACUAUUUGUAUAAUCUAAAAGUUUUCUGCUGGCAAGUCAUAGUCAUUUUCAAACCAUGUAUACUGCCAAAGGAUGGAACGGUACACAGUACUGUAAAAUUUUGAGUCCCACAUUAGCAACACUGCGAAAUCUGCAUGCUGUCUAAUAACCCACUGUUUAAAGAGUUCUCUAUAGCUUAAUUGUUGACAAUCAAUGCAUUAUCACGUAUGAUACCUCAUGAUCAUGAAAAGCAAUAAUAUUAAAUACCGUAGUAUGAUGUGCAGCAUUCAUAUGUAACAUUACUUGUAGUUGCAGUUGUAGUUUAUAGAGGUUUUGUGUAUAUUUGCUUAUGUAUCUAUGGUUAUUUGAAUACAGUAGCAUGACGGAGAGUGAAGGGGGAACGGUGUAACCACAGACUGACAAGAAAGUUGAAUUGAGGGUCAAAAUGGUAUAACCAUAUAGAAGGGAGGAAGUAGAUAGUACCACAGGUUAUCUCAUAUUCUGUCUUCAGUAUCAAUGCUAUAUUGAUCAUGGGAAAAUGCAUAAUAUAAUUAUAGAAUAUGCAUAUAAAAUAACAUCAGUGAAUUCUUUGUGAAUGUUUCUUAUUUCAGUGUUAAACUGUGUAAGACAUGAAGAAACAUGGCAUUCAUGACAUGUACAGACUAUUAAGAUUCUUCAAAGCCACUUGUAUUGUAAUCAAAACUGAAGUACGUCACUUUCUGCUUGAUUGUGCACAAGUUUGCCACAUUUUGUUCUUCCAUAAUGAUCAGAUAAACUUCACAGUUGUACAGUACAAUUUCACAUUUAACAGUAUCCAUCAAUUUCUCACUUUGUAAACCCUCAUUCCACCACUUCAUUACUACAUAUCUAAAAUAUCUUUUUCUCUUCUUCUUCCCAUGACUAUACAGAUACCGUGUAGCUAGUUUGUAAUUUGUCAUGUUUAGUCUUCUCAAGUAUCAUUGACAAAAUUACCUCUCAACAUAUACAAACAUUAGCACAUGACUUUUAUAUACAUAAUAUCACAGUCACAACUGUAUUUUUCCUGGUUCUUCUUAUAUUACACAUUUUGACAUUUCAUAAGUUAUCAUAUUUUUCUUUAGAAUAGGUACAUCAUUUCAGAUAGUCUAUUCAAUGGCUUAACAACAAAAUCAAGAGGUAGAAUGGCCUAAAAUAUACAUUUUAAGCCUUACAUUACAAGUAAACAUUGAGUAACCCUAUUGAACUGUGUUUUUCUCUGCACGAUACAUUUAGUUACACCACGAAAUAUAGAUGGGUUUGUACGUAUACAUGUGCAAUGGACUUUCAGAAAUUCCCUGUCCCCUCACCCCAAUGUUUAAAUACGUGGGUAUGAGUAAAAUACCAAGUACUUUCCCUAUGAUUUGGUAAGCCAAGCCAAGAUAAGCUUAGCACAACAUUUUUUUGAUGAUAAACCAAUUCAUCCAUUUGUACACGGUUAUCCAUGUGCAACAAAUCAAGUAUAUAUUAUAAGAAUGUCAUGUCAAGAGUAAAUUUAGUGUUUGCACAAA